GUCGUGUUCUGGACGCUUCUGUUGAUGACCGACAUCUGGAAUCAUGGACUUGACACUGCUGGCCACUUGCUUUAUGCUCGUACUUUGUCUUCAGGAUGUAGAUGGACUGAAGGCACGUUUAGUACAAGGGACAAAUAACACCGCAACCUCUAAAGGUCGUCUAGAAAUUUUCUACAAUGGAACAUGGAGCACAGUGUGCGACGACGGAUUCGGAAAAACAGAGGCAGAGAUCGCCUGUAGGAUGCUGGAACUCAACAGUACUCGAUCCCUGGCUGUGAGAUCAUCAAUGUAUGGACAAGGCUCGGGUACAAUUCUGCUGGAUGACGUGAGGUGUGAAGGGUCAGAGACUGACCUACUCCAAUGUAAACACAGAGAACUGUACACACACAACUGCAAGCAUGACGAAGAUGUCGGAGUUAUCUGCAGUGACAAACGAGAACAGGUGCGUUUGACAGGCUCACAAUUACCUGACAGAGGUCGAGUAGAACUACAACUAGGAAGUGAGUGGUUCACAGUGUGUGUCCCUGACGACAAUUUUCCAAAAAUUGUUUGCACACAACUCGGUCUUCCAAUGGAAAAAGCAGUCAUUAUUGGGGGCUCGUUCUUUGCACGAACUCAGUCCCGUCAGCUAAUGAUUCAAUUUGCUUGCAAGGGGAAUGAGACCAGCAUCCUCGACUGUGACCAACUUACGGACUGUGAAUCUUGCGGGAAACUAGACGUUGGCAUCAUAUGCUCCGACUCUGUGCAGCUUAACGCACGUUUGGUUAACGGGACGUCACAAUAUAAAGGUUUUCUUGAAGUCUCAUACACCGGAAGUAACAAUGGAAGUUACCUCCCCGUGACCUUCUUUUCCUACGGUAACGUCUUGGCGACUCUGACGUGCAGAACUCUCGGCUUUAAUAGCUCUAGGGCAGUAGCUGUGCAUUCUUCAAUGUUCACGGAUAAUCGAAGAGAUCGGUUCAUUAAAAUCUCGUGUGAGGGCGCAGAGUCAAGCUUGACUCAAUGUCACCAAAGAUCGUUGGACUAUUAUUUUCGAGCAAAUCUCGGCGUUGGUGUCAUCUGCAGUAAUCAUCAGGAACAAUUGCGCCUUACGGGAACACAUCGCACUAGAUAUGACAUGGGUCGUGUGGAGAUACAAUUAGCCGAUGAGUGGUAUACAUUGUGUGUCGAUGACGACAGUAUAGCCAAAUCGGUUUGCCACUCACUCAAUCUACCCUGGAAAGAAGCAGUGCAGUUAUGGGAUUCACCUGGACCAACGCAAAGACCAAACCUUUUUAGCCAAUUUGUUUGCAUAGAUGAAACGGUCAACAUACUCGACUGUCACCAGUAUCCUGUCCGCAAGUCUGAAUAUUUUUAUUCAGAUUGGUUCGGUGUCUUUUGCAGCAACUCCCCUUCUCUACUAAUCCAUCCAGCGGGAAUGAUGUAUCCUUUCAUUGAAGGAACGAAUGCAGCGUUAAAGUGUGGGUACAGAAAUUGGCAUCUAUACAAUGUCACGUGGCCAGAAAAUGCCGGAGGUGUAUCUAAUGGAAAUGAGCUGAUGAUAGACAAAGUGACCAGGACACACAAUGGGAGUCUUGUGAAGUGUGAGGCGAUGUCCAAUGCAGGAAAUCUUCAAUCAACACGUUUAACCAGCGACACUCUGGAGUUGCAGGUUUACUACCAUCCCUACAUAAGGAUAACCUCUAGCCUCACCACGUGCAGACCUCAGCCACCACAGAACGUGUGUGUUGUGACUCACAAUACCAAUGUCACUAUUGUGUGUCAGGCUGACAGCAACCCACCUCCUGCUAACAUCACCUGGUCCGGGCCUGUCAGCAGUGGAAAUCGAGAGUUACAUCUCACACAAGCAAACUCUUCUACACACGGAGGUCUCUACACGUGUACUGUCUUCACACAGACACGUGAGGAGGACAAACGACUGCCUCUAUCGUCAAACUAUACAUUUGACGUAGUUAUCCAAGGUAGGCUAUUCAGAUUAAUCGUGAAAAAAAACACAACACUCAUUUGAUUUUAUACCCUUUGCAUGUUUGGGAAAUUGUUGAACAUACGGUUUCCAUAUGAUGCACAGACCUCAAUAUAUCAAACUGUUCCAUUCCGUGUCAAACCGUUAUAACGGGCAUAAAUGUCACGUGCCUUACAAAUUUUGUACCUGUAAUUUUUCUUCGGACGGACCUGGCAUGGAAGUCAGUGCUAAAUCAACUUUUUGUAAGUGAUUUUUCAUUACAUAUUAAUAUACUAUAACAAUAUUUUAUAUAUUUUAUACAUAUAGUAAACAAUUUUACCAUAGACAGUUGUCCAUAUUAAUGUAUGUAGGUUGCAGUGUUUAUAAUUUAAAUUUUAACAAGAUACUAGAUGAUAAAAAAGUGUAUAUUUCACAUAAAUGAUUUUAUACAUGAGAAUCUGCUUCUCAAUUUUCAGGUUGUAAACACAAAACAAAAUACUCAGCUGUUCUGCCGUUGGGUCUUCUUUACGAAUGUUUCAGUGGAAACCAUCAAGAGAAACCAGCCAGACUUUUUUUUCUCACCUCUUAUAGAGUAUAGAGUACAAUAGAGUAAAGGUCUGAUAAAAGCAAAUGAUAUUUGUAUUUAAAAAAUGGUUGCAUAAGAUGUGGAUGAUGCAAUUAUUUUAUUGUUUGCAGGUGAUUUACAAACAAACCAAAGAAACUUCAAAUCGACAAGUGAUUCAGCGCAGAUGUCACAGGCUCUUGAUGUUUGUGGGUGCAGAGGGUCGACUAUGCGCGUACGUACCCGUGAUUUCACGAGUGAAAUGCUAGUACAAUCUGUCUUUAAUCUUUUUCUUCUCAACUUGUGUUGCAGGGUUAAAUAUUGAGAGUAACUUCCUUGACUUCGAUAUCACCCUAAACAUCACCGGAUCACCCCGGAUCACAUGGAGAUUAAUGGACUCGUUUGUGACAUGGGAAACUCGUCCUUAAUGAAGCCAUGGACAAUGCACUGUGGAAAACUGACUUUAAGAAAAUUGUAAGAACAGAGACAUCAGGUUGUUUUAUACACGUUGCAAGCAUCUUUCAGUUUGCAUUUUCUUUUUCAUAAAGUGAAGAUCACUAGUAUAAAAUGUCGUUCAAAAUACUGUAUAAUGUGAAAGAUAUGACUAGUUGUGUGUAGCUGUGUAUUGACAUCACCUUUUUGUAACACACAAAAUAUUUUCUAAGAGAGCAUAUAUUAGUUUUUAAUGUCAGUGUCAACAGGUUUUAACAAAAAUCACAGAAUAAAGGAAUGUGUGUGUGAUAUUUUGCAUUCGUGUUUAUUCUUAUGUAAGCAUACAAACAGCAGCUGCUUUAGUUUAUAAAGUGUUAGUCGUGACACUGUUCACACACAUAAUCACGCUCACUUGGAACUGACUUUAAAGUUCGAUGAUGCCUAAUUACAUUCUGAUGUUGCCAGAUCCAGUGUGGUGUUGUCUAACGAAUGUAGGCUUUUAACGGGUUAACAAAAGAGAGACUAGAAGAUAAAUGUAAAAUAUUUAGUCGAAGGUUUAUAUCGCCUUUUUAUGAAAAUACCUGGACUUUGAUUUCGUUGUGAAAAAAAGAGUUAGCAUCUUUUUAAAUGUGUCUGCAAAG